AUGAAAAGUGCACUCGCCCAGGGAGAGAAGGGUUACGACCAUAAUAAUUUGCGUCAUGUGGUGAUCACGGCCAGUUGUUUUGCGCUGGUGAUUUCGACUGUAGCCGUGGCUUUGCGUCUUUGGUGUCGGCGUAUCACUCGCACCAAGGUCUUCUUGGAUGACUACCUCAUCAUCGUCGCAUUGGUAUUCGAGUAUGGUAUCACAAUUGCAGGGGUUGUUCUGCUGUACAAUGGCUUGGGUACUCACAUCAUAUAUUUGUCUCCUGAGCAGUUGGUGGUCUAUAUGAAGACCUUAGCCACCGGCGCAUUCCUCUACCCGUUGUGCAUCACUUUCGUGAAGCUCUCCAUUCUCGCUCUCUAUAAACGGAUCUUCUCGAUCCGUCCGAUGAUGCUGGCUUCGAAUGCAGUCGGUUGCAUAGUGAUUCUCUGGUGCUUUGGGGUCUGCCUCAUAGGCGCAGUGACCUGCAUCCCUUUCAAGAAGCUCUGGGAGCCCACUCUGCCAGGAGGAUGCAUCAAUCUUGCUCAGUUCUACUACGGUCUCCAGAUCCCCAACAUUCUCACUGACGCAAUCAUCCUCGUGCUACCGAUGAAAGCAGUGUGGAAUUUGCAGGUCCCCAGAUCACAGAAGGUCAUGCUGUCGGGCAUUUUCCUUAUCGGUAUCACGACCCUGGCGUUCGACAUUGUGCGACUGGUAGUGAUGAUUCAGCUUUCUGAAGCAGGAAGCGACAUCACGUAUAACCAAGUGCCCGCGAGUGUGUGGACCUGCAUCGAACCGAUGAUGGGAAUCACGGCCGCCUGUCUCUCGAACAUGCGACCUAUUUUCACCAUGUUGCCUCGCCCUGCCUGGCGCCAGAACCUUUCGUGGCGCAAAAAUGCCGUUUCCCUGCCCUCGUCCGACCGAUCGAAGAGUAUGGAGCAGAAGCAGGACAUCCAAUCGACAACGGUGUCCGAUAGCAGCACCGUCACUUUGGCGGACUACCUCUUUACCCGACUCCAGCAACUCGGUGUCAAGUCCAUUUUCGGCGUCCCUGGCGACUUUAACCUGCGGUUGCUGGAUUAUGUGGAGCCAUCGGGGCUACACUGGGUUGGAACCUGCAAUGAACUCAACGCCGCCUACGCGGCAGAUGGGUACGCGCGUCUGGCCGGUCUGUCGGCCAUAAUCACCACCUUUGGAGUGGGGGAGUUGUCCGCCAUCAAUGGGAUUGCUGGUGCCUACGCAGAGCGUGCGCCAGUGGUGCAUAUCGUAGGAACACCUCCACGAUCGUCACAGGAGUCGCGCGCUCUGGUGCAUCACACCUUUGCCGAUGGCGAGUACCGCCGCUUCGCCGCCAUGCAUGCCCAUGUUACCAUCGCGCAGACUAACCUCUACGAUCCCCGCACUGUGCCCGACCAAAUCGACAGCGUGCUGCAGCAGGCUCUUCUCCACAAUCGCCCCAUCUACAUCGAGAUUCCCGACGACAUGCCGGGUGUAUUGGUCUCCGCCGCCAAUCUCACCACCACCACGAUCAAGCGUCCAGCUGCUCCGACCACCGAGUCAGAGAGUAGCGUCCUCACCCGCGUCGCCGACCGCAUCUACACGGCCAAGCAACCCCUGAUUCUGGUCGAUGGUGAGAGUCGUGCCAUGGGGAUCGUCGACGACGUCCAGACCCUCGUGCGCGAAACCUCGUGGCCGACCUUCACGACCGUCUCGGGCAAGGGCCUGGUGGACGAACACGAACCCAACGUCUACGGCAACUAUGCGGGCCGCCUGGGCGACCCGAACUAUAAGACCUACUUUGACGAGUCCGACCUCAUCCUCGAAAUCGGACAACACCACACCGACACCAACACCCUGAUCUUUCAGACCAUCCCCGAGCGAGCCACCUCGAUCACCUUCACAGACACAGCCGUCCGCAUCGGCGACGACACCUAUCGCGACCUCUCGCCAGCCUUCGUGACGCGCCUAGUCCACACGCUCGACUUCGCCCGCAUCCCGAAACCCGCCAACCCACCCUCAAGAACCGAGGUCCCCGCGCAGACCCUCUCGCCGACCGGCCGAAUCACCCAGAAAGACUUCUACCGCCGCGUGAACUCGCUCCUCCGACCGGGCGACGUGGUGCUCACAGAAACCGGCACAGCCAGCUACGGCGGGCGCGACUUCAAGCUGCCGAGGGGCACGCGCCUGUUCGGCGCAAUCACCUGGCUCUCGAUCGGGUACAUGCUCCCCGCCACACUGGGGGCGGGGCUGGCGCAACGCGAGCGGAACCCAGACACGCCGACACGGGCGGUGCUGUUCAUCGGCGACGGCAGUCUGCAGAUGACGGUGCAGGAGAUCAGCACGAUGAUCAAGGAGAAACUGGACGUGGUGAUCUUCCUGAUCAACAACGAGGGGUACACGAUCGAGCGGGCGAUCCACGGCCGGAAGCAGAGCUACAACGACGUGACGCGGUGGCGGCACCACCUCACGGCGGACUUCUUCGGCGCGGAAGAUGGUCACGGCGCGAAGAACAGCUUUACGGCUAAUAACUGGGCGGAGCUGGAUGAGGUCCUGCAGCGCGAGGAGAUUCAGAACGGGAAGGGGCUGCGCUGGGUGGAGGUGUUCAUGGAGAAGGAGGAUGUGGAGGGGCUGCUGAAGGUCAUCUUGGACAAGCAGAUCGCGGCGGAGAAGGCGUAG